ACAAUAUUCAGUGAGUGUGGAGAGACCAUGUCCAAUGGAAACAGUCACUUUCACCUGCACUGCUGCUGGAGAUUCCUUGAUAUGGAAACUGUCAGAUGUUACUGACAUCGAAAUCCUCUCCACCUUGAAUGUACCAGUAAUGCGAUCAGGUUACACUGUAACACUGAUUGCAGCCAAUGACACUACAUUAACAUCUACUCUGUCAAGAACAGCAGAGAAUGGGAUCACUGUGUCCUGUGUUGAGCUUAGUAUACCUACUCUGACCACUAUAGGAUCUUCAACAAUCCGAUUGGUUGAUCCACCAGGACCACCUUCCACAAUAAGACACUCCAUUCUGAGCAGCUCAGCUAAUGAAGUCAGCGUAUCUGUGCAGUGGGACCCUCCAACUGAGAUUGGUGGUAGAGAUGACCUCACCUACACAGUGACCGUCUCACCUCCGGCCCAGCUCUCUGCUACUGUCCUCACAUCCACCUCUGUCACUGUGACUGUUCAAUACAAUGUGGACUACACUGUCAGUGUUGUGGCUACCAAUUGUGCUGGGAACAGUACAACUGCUGACUACAACUUUAGGAUUGGUAAAUGUCCUGUGUUGACCAACCCCAUGAAUGGAGCCUUUGGACCAGUCUCCAGCAGAUUAUCAGGAUCCACAGUAACCGUCCAGUGUGACACUGGGUAUGUAUCUGCUGUUACAAUGGUGACAUGUGAGGGUACACUGAUGUGGAGUCCAGACCCUGAGGCUAUUGAGUGUAGAUUACUAACCACACCUACUCCCACAACUCCUCCUCCAAUAAACUGCACAGCUUCACUACCCUCACCACGGAAUAGCAUUAUCAGUGAUCAUUCAGUACCAGCUAUUCCCGGUACACAAGUUACCCUCCAGUGCGACGAUGAACUGUUCCCUGAGGGAAUAAUGACUGUUACCUGUCUAGCUACAGGAAAGUGGGACGAGGAGAUCGUCUGCAGAGCUGCUCCUUUUAGUUGUGCCAGCCUAUCUGAUGGGAGUCGAUUUGAUGCAGCUGUCUCCAUCGGCGUUGUUGUCACAGCAGUUGCGUUCACAAUCAUUGGAUUGUUGAUAGGUCUCUUGAUCAUGUAUUUGUUCAUGCGUAAGAAGGCAGUAUGCUCCCCAGCAGCUAAAGGACAAGCUAAUGUUGGACCCACUACACCAGUUGGUCCUGUUUAUGAGGAGGUGUCACCCAAAGAGGAGAUUGAACUGAAUACUAACCAGGCGUAUGGACCAGUAGGAUUGUGA